AGAAGGCCCCGCGCCCGCCCGCCGCGCCGAUCGGCCGGCCACGCGCGGCGGGGCAGGCUGGGAUUCGUAGUCCGCGUCCCUCUCCCCCAGCCCGCCUUUCCUCGACGCGUAAGAGCCUCGCCCUCAGCUGAGAUCCCGGAACCUAGAAAGCGAGAGCGGCACCGCCGCCCCGCGACCCCGGGGGCAGCAGAGGCCCUUGUCGCCCCUCUGCCAGCCCGGCGGCCGCCGCGGCAGCAGCGAAAGGAACGAGCCCUCUCAUCACUGCUGUCUCCGGUCUCAGGCACCGGGACCGGCGGCUUUGUUGGGUGCCACGCACAUCUCUGCGCUUCCGUGGCGCGGAGGAACGGCGCGGAUCGCGCCUGUUCCCGCCCGGACUGGCGCGGCUGAGCUUCAGCCCUCGCUGCAGAACUUCCGGUGGUACCGGAAGCCGCGUCAGCGCGGAGGCUCGGGGCUGCGCCAGCGGGCAGGCCGCGGGCCGCAGCCGGUGGGGACCGCCGCCUCGGGCACGAGUGGCGGGCACGGCCCGCGCCUUCUCCGCUCGGCAGCGCAGCCCCCCCCCGUGCCAGCCCGGCGUGACCGCCUCGGGCCCGUGGGACCGCCGUGCUCUCCGCGCCUCUGCCCUUUCCGCGUGAGCCGCGCUUUGGGUACGCGGGGCCGCCCCCUUCCCGGAGUAGCGGGAUCGUCGGCUGAGGACUCAGCUCCGCCGGCCAGCUGCUCACCCUUCGCGGGCCUCUGUAAAGCAAAUAUGUUUCCUCUCAUACAGCGAUGCUACUUCUGCACACCUUUCAAACUCCAGAAGUUAACCGGUCCCCAACUACUGCUGUAUGGAAAGAAUAAGACAACUUGGUCCUCCCUCAGGCUGUGGCUGCAGAAAGAUAUAUGUCCCCUCUCAAGAUCUCCAAGCCUCAACCCAGUAUCUUUACAUGCAACCAGACUCCAGGGUUUUCACACCUCUCUUCCCUUCUUCAAGAAGAAAACCUCCAAAGAAUCAGAGUCCAAGAACUCGGGCGUCUUGCGACGAAGUAUGCAAGCACUGAAAGAUUCUCCCAAGCCAGCCCUUUACUUAAGCCUUGCAGGGCUAAUUCCAUUUGUUUCAGUGCCACUGUUAAUGGCCAUCCAAGGGACUUACCACCCAGAGCUGGCUUUUGCUCAGGUUACGUACGGUGCUGCCACAGUCUCGUUCCUGGGAGGAAUGAGGUGGGGGUUUGCUCUCCCAGAAGACAGCCCAGCCAAGCCAGACUGGCUGAACCUGGCUAACAGUACAAUUCCUCUUCUAUUUGCCUGGCAAGCCUUGCUUUUUAAAGAUAUCACUUCUGGUGCAGUAAUGCUAGUAAUGGCAUUAGGGGUAGCACUACAUUAUGACCUUGCUCUUCUUCCUACUUACCCUAGGUGGUUUAAAGUACUGAGGGUAGUGGGAACGCUGGUGAUGGUGUUCUCACUGUUGGCUACUGCACUGUUGAAGACUAUUUCAGAGAUGGAGCAAAGUAACAGCACAAACAAAUGGCAGAACACAAAAUAAAUCAACAGGGAAGAGCUACUUAUCUGCCAAUAAGGUAUUUGUAUUGAGUUCCAGAGGAAAUAAAGACUUAUUUGUGCUUAGAAGGCAUAAAAUGGCAGGGGUCAAGAUGCUUAUUCUUGAAACAAACAACACCAUUAGUUUAGGAGAGGAUUGUAAAUAGCAAUGGCUUCCAAGGCAGGGGCGAGUCUGGCCUCAUCCGUAGAACAAAGCAUCAUUCUUGGAUGAGAGGUUACUGUCGUGUGAAUUUAAAACAGAGAGGCUCCUGACAUGGGUAUGAGUUGAUCUGUGCUGAAUUUAUUAAAGUACUUGGUUUAACUGUAACGCGUGAUCACGUUCUGUGAUGGGAGAAUGACGGUGCAGUCAGGAUCAGCAGCAAGGUGAAAGUGAUUCCUCUAGUUUAAACAAGCAGCAGAGAAUUGUGUAAAAAGUACAUAGAUAUUCAAUUCCUAUGUUGUGGAACAAAACUCUUAUUUCAACUGAGAAGGUGCUGAAAAUGCUACGUGGUUAUGUGCCAGUCAGGUAAGAAAGGAUAGGCAAGGCUUGUAUUCAGUGGCAAGCCAAGGUCAGCACUUGUCUAAAAUGCGUCAUCCAGCUGCUAUGGUGUUAGGAAGGGAGCUUUUGGUCUUCUGACAAGGUGCCACAAGAGACAGUAGGUUACUUUCCUACUCAGGCUUACUACCUGGCCCAUCUGUUCCUAGGUUGCGUUUGGAACCUGUUUUAGCAGGGGGGUUGGACUAGGUUCUUUCCAGCCCCUACCAUUCUGUGAUUCCGUGUGACUUAGGGCUGCCUAGUCCAGGAAGCUGCAGGCAACAUAGCCAUGAAGAUCUGUCAUAUUCCUAAAUUAAAGUACUGUCAACAGAUGGUGUGAUACAAGGACUCAGUUUCUGGCACCAAGGGAUCAAAUAAUGGGAUUGAAAGUAGGCUCUGUCUUCUCGCCCCUCAAAAUUUGAUUUGAGUGCCUGGUGCUCAUACAAAUGGACUUGCAGCCUGUAAACCCGCCCUGCUGGGCCAAUUACUGAAAACACCGCAGAAGCACAUGCUCUGUGUACUUAGAUCGUCCUAACACAUCAUUUAGGGGAAGAAGAUACAAGCUAAAUAACAUGGCUUUUCUUUUCUAGCCUCAAAUACCUCAAGUACUCUAUGAAAUUGGAUGUGAGUAUAUUUGCUGCAGUCUUUUUAUCUUAAGUAUUCUUUAAGUACAGUACAAAAUACAAGAAGAAACCUGAAAAGUGACAACCAUACAGUCUUGGGGCCAACUUAGAAAAUCCUAGUAGUUCUCUUAAAGCACUAUUCAUUGUUCCAAUCAGAAUAAAGCACAUACUGUCCCUGAAAA